GGGAACUUUCAUUUUUUUUCGCUUGCUUGUUCAGAAGACAGGGACAGGACUCAGUUUAUUUAGCGUCUUCUUUAACAGCUGUCUAUGAGGCCGCUUCCACUUUGAGUGAUGGUUGUAGAGGAGUUUCAUGUGGAUUUUGCGGAGGAAGAAGAUGUUCUACUCUCUUUGCCGGAGAAAUGGUUCACAAAGCUGGUUGACCAAAGAGACGGUCGUUCUUUUGUGGAGGCUCUUCAAAUAGUGGCCAAUCGGACCAAUGAAGCCACCCAGGAAUCUAGAAGGAAGUCGAGAGCCAAACCGUCGAAGAAAGAUAAAAAGAGUUACCGCCUUGACAGAUUAAUCGUCUCAAUUUUACGAGAAGAUAAAAGCAAGCCUCCGCUCUGCAUAUUCUGCUUUGAUGAUAGCGCUGAUGUAAAUGACCUGUGCGGUCGGUUACUUUGGAGCUCCGACAAGCCCACAUUUUUCGCUGCUCACGAGCUUUGCGCUCUUAUGGUUCCUGAAAUACUCACUCUGGAUGCUCCGUCACCGCUGGGAAAAAAACUGUUUGAUACUGAUUUGAAGCAGUUGAAUGAAUCAUAUGCUCGUGGACGAGCAUUGUCUUGCCAUGUAUGUGGUGAAAGAGGUGCUUUGGUUGGUUGCUGUUCUACUCAGUGCCGGCAUGUGUUUCACCUGCCAUGCGCAAUUCGUUCAAAAUGUUUUAUAGACUACGAGGAAUUUAGAUGUUUUUGCGAGAAACACUCUGGUUCUGCCUAUGAUAACAUCUGCAAAAACUACCUGUCACGUCCGAAGCCUAUAAAUAAUGAUAGCAGUGAUCUCUGCUGUUUAUGUAUGGAAAGAGUCGAUCAGCGGGCGAAAAUGCAUUCCGUUGUGCAGCUUGAGUGUUGUGGUUAUCGGUUCUAUCAUUACGAGUGCCUGAAGAAUGCUACGCUAAUACGGGGUCAAGAAAUGCGUUGUCCUGCUUGCAAUCGUCCAAACGAAGAGACUUCUUUCGAAGAAACCAUCAAACGGCAAGGGAUAUACUUCCAAACAUACAAUCCUUCCUGUGAUCCCACUGAUGAAAGUUCCUCUGAUAAUGUUCGUUCUCGAUGUUAUUAUGCCAUGACUCGCACUGCAGCGAAAGAUCGUACAUGCCUGAGUUCGCUUGGUCCUGACAGGUACGAUGAUAGUGAUGCAUUGAAUGAUCAGGUUUACAAUGCCUUCGAAGCUUUGAACGGUUGUAUCACAUGUGGCGUUCAUUGUCAUAGACUUUGUGCUGGACCUCCUUGGUCUACGUAUUGUCCAGACGGCGAUGGUGCUGAGGAGAAGUGGCAGUGCGAUGACUGCAGGGAAGCGUUCCUACCCGUUGAGAAUCCCCCAGCUCCACCAAAAGUAUCUGAAACAAGUCAGAGGAAUCCUGUGUCUGUUGUUGCUAGAAGAAACCGCACGCACACUUCAAAUUGUAAGAAAAGACUGCCGAAAGAGGGCAGAUUAUCGCUGGAUGAAAACAAUGUCACUCGUCAGAAACGUGGGCGGGAUGAUACUACAGUAAGAACUAGUGAGCCUCCGAAAAAGCAGACUGUCCUUUCAAACUGGUUUACAAAGGACCGCCACAGGACAAAUUCGUCUGGUAGUGAUAUACAGGUUCUUUAAAGGCGAUGGACGUCAUUAUCAAAUGUGCUGAUAUCUGUAUUGAAAAUGAGGCGUUGAGCAGUACUCCCUGGAUCUCGAUAUGAAUCUCUAAAUUGCCAUGGUCUGCUUUAAUCAGGCUCGCAUUGGGAACAGCGUGAGCAGCGCAUUUGUUUCUUAUUUUUGAGAACAAUCCCCUUUGAACUUUGCACUGCAGGAAAUGAGACAUAGGAAC